CGACGAAACGAGGACUUCAUUUGAAGCGAGGCACAUUUUGUUUACUCUCCUUUAUCAAGAGUAAAUAUACGCUCCCUACCACUCGACCGGUCAUGGCUCCCCGUGGAGGAGGCCGCGGCGGUUCAAGAGCGGGCCGCGCCGGCGGUGCAUUCAAUCCGUCUCGCGGCCUCACGAUCGGAGGCGUCGAGGUUGGCUGGGAUCUCACGGGUCUGAAAAUCGAGAAAGGUCCCGUUGAGCGAUUCCCUGCAAAACCGCCACCGCAAGCACCUCCGCCCACCGAGGGAGAGAGAGCGACCAUACGCCACUACUUAGCCGUGCGCGAGCGCAUCCAUGAUGGGCCCUUUUACACCAUCCUCAACGACGGCAUGAAGAGCGGGAAGAAGAGGAGGCACAACGAAGCUCCGCCAUCCGCGACUGCACUCUUCAACCCCUUCACCGAUAAUCAGACGUACACGUCCAAGUACACAAAGGUACGCCGCAGGAUACCGAAACUCGAUACGCGGCCCUACGUCACGGAGCUCUUCCCACCGGAGCUACAGUCUUUGCUCGAGGGCCCCACGACCAAUGGGGCCGACGGUGAUGCGAACCAGAACAAGAAGCGCAAGACGCUCCAGGUCGCUAGGUCCGCAACCGCCGCGUCGAAGAUUGACAGUUACAUGGCUAUGCAAGGGCAGCGGUUACGCGAUUUGGAGGAACGGGGCGGGGAAGACGUCGAUGAGGACUAUGACGAGGAGGAUGAGGAGGGCAAUGAGAAGCCCGAGGCUGUGGACGAGGAGGAUAGCUGGUCUGCCGUGUCGAGCGACUCGGAAGAGUCGGGAGACGAUUACAACGCCGAGCGGUAUUUCGACAACGGCGAUGACGACGACAUCGACGACGGUGAUCCGUAUGAGAAUGCAUAUGACUGAGAACAUAUAAUCGCUCUUAAGAUAGGAACAUGUCACGGCGUUCGGUUCGGCGAUACCCUUUUGAUUGAAUGCAGUCACAUGUUUUUGGCUUCUAGAUCUUCAUGUUUGAUCAAUCUAGAGGAUAAUGAAGUAAUGUCCAAAGACCCGAUCAUAUGUGCU